UGAUUGGCUGUCAAAAGUUGUUUACGUUAGGAAAACGCGGUUCAAAAGUUGAUACAGCGAUCGAGGCGAGACGCGGAUAUUUUCAGUAUUUAUGAUCCGUAUUCCUCGCGACCGAGCUUCACAAUGGUGCGAUAUGCCGCCCUUAAAGGAUUGUACGAGCUGGAGAAGACGAUCGGCAGUGGUGGCUUUGCCAAAGUCAAACUGGCGACUCAUGUCGCUACCGGCGAAAAGGUUGCCAUUAAGAUUAUGGAGAAGACGACAUUGGGUGAAGAUUUACCAAGGGUGAAGCUUGAAGUGGAAGCCCUUAAGACAUUGUUGCAUCAACAUAUCUGCAGACUGUAUCAAGUGAUAGAAACCGAGAGUCAUUAUUUCAUGGUAAUAGAAUAUUGUUCUGGUGGAGAACUAUUCGACCACAUAGUUGAGAAAAACAGAUUGUCGGAAACUGACUCUCGCAAGUUCUUUCGCCAGAUAGUUUCUGCAGUGGCAUAUAUGCACAGUUUGGGUUAUGCUCAUAGAGACUUAAAGCCUGAAAAUGUCUUGCUAGAUAAAGAUGAAAAUUUAAAAUUAAUUGAUUUUGGGCUGUGCGCCAAACCCAAGAUGGGAAUGCAGGCACAUUUAUAUACUUCUUGUGGUUCUCCUACGUAUGCUGCACCAGAACUCAUAAUGGGAAAGAAAUAUUUAGGCUCUGAAGUGGACAUUUGGAGUAUGGGAGUUCUCCUUUAUGCUUUACUAUGUGGCUUUUUGCCUUUUGAUGACAAUAAUUUAGAGAAUUUAUAUAGAAAGAUACUUACUGGCAGAUAUGAGGAACCGUAUUGGUUGUCUGAUGACAGUAAAACAUUAAUCAGGUUGAUGUUACAAAUUGAUCCGGCCAAGAGAAUUACUAUUCAGGAAUUAUGUAAUCAUCCCUGGAUCAGAACAAAUUUUCUGAGGCCUGUAUCAUUCAUUCAUAGAACAAAAUUCGAAAAAGACGAUGAAGUAUUGAGUACUAUGUCCGCUAUUUCUGGUAAUAAUAGUACAGACAUAUGGAAGAAGCUUAUGCAGAGCGAUAGAACCGAUUACAGAACAGCUACAUAUCUAUUGUUGCUUGACAGAAAAUUACGUGGACUUUCGUUGAAAAUAGCACCUGUAAUGAAGCCGUACUUUAAGCAAGGAAUUAAUGGCAUAAAUUUUCCACAACGCGAAGCAAAAGUUAACAAUUUUAUAACGAAACUGGACCACUCGCCAAGGAGCAAAGUAAAUAAUGGACAAUCUCCAGUGAUUGAUAUGACUUACAAUGUUUUGCCUAACGAAAAUGACGAAAAUAAGUUCACAGAACCAUGUGCGCCAGUAAGGAAAAGACUACGAAGCAAAGAAUCUGAUGAUGUAUCAUCUCCCGUUCCAAUCAAAAGACCACCCGAAAAUAGAUCAGUUACUACUCCAACGCAAUCCUCAACGCCAGAUUCAAAACAUGUACAAACAUCUACACCUGGUAGUGCAAGAAAAGUUAUGCUGGGUUUAGAGCGAGGAUUGAAUCGAGUGAGACAUGUUUUAACGCCAAAAAGGCGAAUGAAAAAUGAAAAUAUGGAUUCUGAUGAACCAAACGUACUAUCAGGAAAGGGUCUUUCUAACGUAUCGGCAACGUGCAGUGGUUGUCCAAAGCAUGUUCUCUCAAAACUACGAAGAGCGCUUCGACAAAAGGGUAUAAUGUGCCGUCAAAAAGGAUACAUUCUACAAGGAGAAACUGAGGAAUCCUUUUCGGAAGACAAGAAACAUUCGUCGAAGUCGAUUUCGGCUCAAAAUACCUGUUCUUUCGAACUCGAGGUCUGUCUAUUAGAGAUUGGUCCAAACGGUAAGCGAUUAGUGGGCAUUCGUCGAAAAAGACUAAAGGGCGACGCAUGGGUCUAUAAACGCGUCUGUGAGGAAAUCCUCGCUUUGACAGUAGAGGAUAUUUCAAUAGAUCCGGAAGGAUCUUCCGAGUCCAAGUGUCCUAUUUAAAAUAGUUGUCAUAGCUAUAUAUAUUUACGAUGUAGAUUUCUUGAUAUGUGUUUAAUAAUCUGAUGAGAUUAAUAAUGAUAAUAACGUGGUGAAAGAAGCUAGCAUGUGUCUUGAUCUCUUGAUAGCCAAUAGUAUGAAGAUUUAUGUUUCAUAAAAAAAGAAAAAAAAGAAAAAAAACGACUAUAUGUGCAACGGAUAGUGUAAGCCUUAAAAAUAUGCAAUUUCUAACUACUCAAAUGUUAAAAAUGUAACUACUGUGAAGAAAUUAUUUUGAUGUAAUGUACAUUUAUUUUCCAGAGAUAGUUAUAUAGAUUAAACGUCAGAUUUAUGAAAAGAUCUAAAUAUUCCUGAGGUACGGGUUGUAAUUAUGUAAGAAAAUAUGGUAAUAUAAUAACGUUUAUGCAAAUUAUAAUUUAAUAAAUUUAUACUGCAUUA